AUGCCAGACACUCUCUCGCCCCCGUCGCAAGCGAGCGGCAACUCGAAUGCAAGCCAUCUCUCCCAGUCGAAGAAGGCGUCUUUGGCCGAAGCGACAGCUGUCAAGCUCAUCACCCAUCCCUUCGAUCCUCACGCAUACACUCGUGCUGUCCACCUCUGUAACUCGACCGGCCAAUUGCCCGUCGAAGAGAAGGUCGACGAAGAGGAGCAGCCUGGCAGGGCUCCUGGCAAGAAGAAGAAGGUGGCUAAGAUCGACAUGGCCGCCGCCUCCCAAGCGCCGUACUUCGAGACUUUCGAUGGUACCGAUGGCCACACCUACAUCCACCGCGAGUGCGCCGUGACGGGUAUUGCGCAGUCGGGAAGGCUGGAAGUGGCGCACUUGGUUGCACGUGAGGUCGGAGACACGGUCGGGACGCUGGUCAAUGCGGGAGUUCUGCCGAAGGGAUCCGUCCACGAUGAUCCCUGGAACAAAGUUCCCCUCUGCCACGACAUCCACAACGCCUUAGACCACCAGCAUCUGUCUCUCGCUCCGAUCGAAGACGAAGUUAUCGCCCGCCUCGUCGCUGAGAUUCGAUAUCAGGAGAUGCGAUGCGACGAAGAUCCUGUGCGACCUCCCUUCUCGCUCUUUUACGCCCGCCUCGAUGGACGACCCGUCUUUGUCGAGCUCUUCUUCGACGUUGAUUCUCGCCGCAAAUACAUCCUCCGCUGGACUACCUGGGACGACGACUCGUCCAGUAUGUGGUCUACGCGACGAACACAGGAGGAGAUGCUCGCGACAGCUCAUCGACCUGGCCUGCCGCCUUUCCUCUUCUACUGCAGUGGCAAUGCAGUCAUUGCGACGAUGAGGAAGCGGAUCGCCCAGCUUGAGCCGGCGCCAGACGAGAUUGUCGAACGGACGGCGAUUCUGCAGGCCUUGGUUCAGGAUUUGUGGGCUCUGUGGAUGUUGACGGACGCAGCCAAGGGGAAGCAGCGCGCGCAGCGUGCCGCGACCGCUCUCCGCCGUCACUUCCCGAACUCGCCCUACACCGCCCUGCUCGACGCGCCCGGUUUCACCUACGACCAGAUCCCGCUCCCAUCUCCCAGCACGUACACCGACACAGGCGGUUACUUCAUCCGAGCUUACGCGAACGGCAAAAGUGCCCCCCUCCUCCGCCCGCUCGCCAUCGCCGACGAUCAUGACGAAGCAUUGAGCGCCUCAAACGACAGCGCUUCUUGCAGUUCGGACGCAGCCUCGUCAUCGCCUCACCCUUCCCUCACCGCAUACGAGACGCUGGAUGAGUCGACCGCUUUCGCGCAGAGCGACGAAUCUUUCUCGAAGGAUGAGACUUCGCAUGGCGGCGAGAGCUUUGAAACGAGGACGUUUGAGAAGGGGGGGCAGCGGGCGAAGUGGGAACUGUCGGAGUGGUUGCAGGAGCAGCAGGUCGAGCAGACUGCGGUCUGA